UGUACUAGGACACAGCUAAUCAAACCAGGCACCAAAAUGUUAACACUGUUUCCAGGAGAAAGACAGACUAGGAUUUCUUGUACUCAAAGAAGUGCUCCACCUGCAGGCAUUCGGCAGACCAGCAUCACUUCCUUUUUCACUUUGCAGCCAGGAAAGCCCAGUGAUGGUGACCAGACAAGUGUUUCGACUUACAGAGAAAGUCAGACCAGCAAAGAGUCUAAGAAAGAUGCAGCCCAGCUAGAGUAUUUUCUCCAGAGUUUUCAGGGUGAUUGUGUGGCAUUCCCUUUAGCCAACUCGACCCCUGUAGACAUCCAGGACAGUAGACUUUCUCCUCAGUCCCUCCAGGAGACAUCUGGCCAUCAAAUAGUGGAAAGCACAUAUUUGAGUGCGCUGCCUUUGCCUCACACCCCAGUCUGUGGUGGAGGGAGUAAAACCUCACUGAAAAUUUCUUGCCCCCAAGACUUGAAAUGUUCUAGUUUGAAGGACCAAAAGAAGGGGAAGGGAGAGUCUUCUGAGGGCAUGGAAUGGCUUCAUGGAUCUAAGGAAAAGAGCUAUCUGGAUGCCGAGAGACGUGUGAAACUGCCUGUGGGCAAAUGCUGUCAACCUGUGGACAAGAUUAAAUUGCAAAGGAAGGUGUCCACUAAAGAGAGUAGGCAGUUCCCUGCCCUUCAAACUUACAGGGAUUCCUGGAGUGGAAAAAACACAAUGUCGGUGAAGCAAAGCCCUUGUCUUGUCCCUGUGUUCUCUCGGGACAGUGAAAGAAGAGACAAGGUGUCCUGGAGCCAGCUUUUCACUGAGGAUUCACAGGGCCAGCGGGUCAUUGCCCACAGCCCUAGAGCUCCUUUCCAAGACAUAACCAAUGACUGGGACUCGCACAGCCCUCCAGCUCAGUGCCAGGACGGGCCCACUCCGAUCAACCUGCAGCCUAAUUUGCUCUUUACCCAGGACUCAGAAGGUAAUCAAGUUAUCAGGCACCAAUUCUGAUGAUCUUUAUGAGGGUUUGGUUGAAAAGGACCUUGAAAUGACAUACAGGGAAAGAUCUGGUAGUUGGGAGUGGAGGAUGAGUGUGGAUGGGUUAAACACAGGAUGAAACACCAUUGAGCAUUUUCUUUGCAUAAAUAAAUGGUACCACUUGUUGACAUGUGAUUGGACCUUGCCUUUUCCUGGGUGGUUAAUGCCCUAAGAAGACUAUGGUGAGCAGGAGGAAGGGGAGGGACUUACUCUUGCACUGAAGAGUUUGACUGAGCCUGACCUCUUAGAAGCCUCACUGGGAUUCUGCUGCUUAUGGAUAUGUUCUUUUAUUUUCUGUAAUCUUCCCCACUAAACCUUGGGGCCACGAUGUUUAUAAACUUUUUGAGUAAGAAGGUACAUUUCUGACUCAGGUGGGCAGGUGGGGAGAGGUAAAAAGGGUAGUAGGAUGUUGGAAAUUUUUGUUAUUUUGUGGUGACUUUAUAUUUUUUAAUUAAUAUACGCAAUAUUUAAAUCUCUGCUCCCCACCCCCCACCGAAAAAAACCUUAGCUAUAUACCAAUCUAAAUGUGACACUAGUUUUCUUCUCAAGGUGGGAGGAAACCCCCUUUGUAAACUUUGUUUCUAAAUAAAUGACAAACCUUAUGUUGUUA